AAUGUGUAUUGAUUUAGCAAUGUUAACUUUUAUCUAAAUUUUAAAUGGCAAUGAGUUGCUACUGUGAUGCUAGGAAUAGCUUCGUGUGUCUAGUCUCAGAUCUGGCCUACCACAUACACAUAUCACUUCACAUGGGCGUUCUACCCGGAAUUGAUUCAUACAUAGUUUCUAGAGAGGAUACUUGCGCCUCACUUUUAGAAGAUUUGUGGCUCGUGAUAGUGAUUUAUUUGACAAUUGAAUAUAUAAUGUCAGCUACCUCUCAAAAACAGCGUCCUCGUGGGCCCAGACGCCACCAGGCUGUUCUCUUCCACACAAGAUGCUGAGAUUAUGCGCAAUACAGACAGUCUCAGGCUUAUCAGUCAAAUUGAAUUUAACAGUUGCUGAUACAAAAUUACGGGAUAUGGUCCCGCUAUCAGUCAGUUGGCGGAUAAA